AGUUCGGUUGGCCUCUCUCUCGAUAUAAACACCACCGGGAGUUUCCGAAAAAUCACAUUCAGCCCUGAAGACUGAACAAUGGUUAACAUGAGCUAUCAUCAAUUUUUAUUAAAAUAUCCACAUUCGAGUUCGAGACAGUCGAGAAGGCGAGCGAAUAAAAAAAAAAGGAAUUGUUGGGACAAGCUAUCUCCAACAAAUUGGCAGACUUGAUAACAGACUUUCCAAAGGUCCAGUGUGAACCGUGUGGCCGAGUACCUGUGUGUUGCGACUGACUGGCGAGAUGACUGCCGAGUGGCUACACCUGCCCCCGCCAUACCCCCCCGGCGUGGGGCCAUUGUGUGGUGCAGAGUUGGAGGCGUGGUAUGAGGACCUGCAGGAUAUUCUGGGCUCCGACACGGGAGGGGCAAAACUUGCUCGUGGCCCCGUGUGCACCGAGGUCAGUAGCUCGACGGACGAAAUGGCGAUCACACCCACGAUGAGUAAAGAGCCGGAGUUUCUGGAUGUUCUGGAGAGUUGUUCUCUGACGUGGCUGACGGACGGAGGCCAGACGUGGGGCGACGGUGUCCAGAGGACCAAAGAGAUCCACACCCAGCCUCUGCAUCACACCUCAUCCUCUUCCUCCUCCUCUUCAUCCUGCAUGAGUCCAGCGGUUGCAGAAGAGCGGCGGACGGAGGCUGAGAGCAGGAGAAGGGGAGACGGCUCGACGGGAGGCAGCAGUGAUCUGCUGCCUCCGGAGUUCUUUGAGUUGCUGAGUGAAGGAGGAGUGGGAAUGGUGGAUCCGAGUGGGGCGGUGAUCAGCGGCGGCUAUUAUUACCACCACCAAGGUAAUGUCCAUCCUGCGUCUCCCUCAGCCAGCGAGGAGGAACUCCCCUGUGUCCCAGAUUCUCCAUCCUGCUCCUCCUCAGCCUCCCAGUCGCCAUCUCAAAAUUGUUCUUCUCCCUCCUCACCCGUCUCUUCACCCUCCGUCUACCCGUCCUCCUGCCUGGGCAAACGCAAGAGGACCACCAGCGAGCGGGACAACAGUGCCUUGUCCUCAUUUGCCUCCUCUACACAGCACAAAUCCCCGUCCUUGUCAUCGGCAAAAAAGAGUCGCAAAGAAAGAGAGCAGGACAACGAGAAGAAGGUACAGGAGCUGACAGAGCAGAACGAGCGCUUGAAAGCGGAGAUUGACAGGCUGGGAGAAGAGGUACAGAGGACACGGAGAGCCCUGAUAGAGAGACUAGUCAACACCAGGAAGUGAGGGUGAAGUGAAAGUAAGGAAUGUUGAAAAGAUGACAGGUCUUAAAGAAUUUGAAUAAGCAGUGGUGGGGAAAGAUGCGAUACGGUGGUCAUGAAAUGCCUCUUGGACAGAAAAGUAUGUAAACCAAAGAUUUCUUUCUUAAGAGGACUUUUGAACACAGCUCAAAAUGGCGAGAAAUAGGAAAGUGAUGAAAGUCAAGACAAGGAACAGAGGAAGGGCUGCCACAGCAAUGCGGCAAAUGAAAAGACGCAGCAUGUACUAAGGAAGAACGGACUAGUCGAAGUGCAAAUGAUACCAUGCUGGAGGAGUGUUUGUCAUUUUAAGAAUGCCUGACACGUUCCAGCAAAGAGGAUGGCAGAAAUAACAGGAGCAUUUGUAUGUUGGACAGAAGGGAACUUAAGUGAGUGCAUUUCAUGUCAUUCAUUCUUGCCAUUUUGCAAUAAUUGUAACUCCUACGUUAAGGGCUGCAAUUUGGCUAGCAGAGAUUAUUUGCCCCAAUUUUUGAAGAGUUGAAAUGCUCAGGAAAAGUCUGAAAGUGCCGUGUGUGAGUAUGAGAAUAUUCAGAAUCUUUCUUACCUUUUUAUAACCCAUGGCUUGUGUAUGAGUAUUUAUAUUAAGUAGGACCCAGCUAUACUUUUUAAACUGACUUUUCUAUCAAUAUGGGAAUUUGUGAAAUAAUCCCCACAAGAUGUUCUACCUUGGUUUACUAUUUUUAUAGAACAUUGUAAUAUAUAUAUAUACACAUUUGUACUGUAAAAUGCAAACAUAUCCACUGUUAUUUUCUCACUGUAGAAGAAAAGUGUUAGUUGUAGAGUAAUAUGCAUGGCUUUUAUUAUUCGCAUCAAAUACAUGUAUAUAACCAUACCAUUAUUUUAUCCUUCAUUGUAAUCCAAAAUUUGCAAUAAAAGAAAAUGUGGAA